UGACCGGACCAGACCUGACCGGGCGCUUUAUUUAUCUCGCGAUUCCUUUUGCGUCGGUCACCGGCGCGGUUCCUACUCUCCUUGAUCCCUUCUCCAUUUCCGACCUCGCACAGCGUCUCACGCACCAUCGCCACCAUGGACCCCAAUGCGGACGCGCCCAACAGCGUCCACCAGGUAGAGGCCGCUUCCACUUCGGCUUCCGGGACCAGCGAGGUGCGCCCUGGGGUCGUGAACCGCACUGAGUCCUCUCUGCCGCCGAACCUGCGUCCUUCCGUCAUCGAUGUGCCCGUAACACCGGGAAUCACCCGCGAGGCCUACGAAGUGGAAUUGAGCAACAAGUCAGAGGGCGCUGCCGGCACUGAGCGAUUCGAGGAGGGCUACUUCUCGCGCCACGACGUCGAGCAUGCUCUCGCCGCGUCGCCCAUUCCGGGCUCGACAAACCGCGAGGGCCAGUCAUUCCUAAACAAAAUUGCGACUGGCGCGCAGGAAGGAACCGACUAUCUGCGGCGCGUGAGCGUCGCCGCCAUGGGCGAGAGCGGGCCCAAUCCCCCCAGCAGUGGUUCCAGUGUUCCCCAAGCGUCAAUGUCCGACAUUCGAGCUAUCAGCCCGGAUCUGGCACUCACCGGGAACAUCAUCUCGGCUACCUUCAAUAUCCCGCACUCGUUAACAUACCGCAAGGGCGCCGACUGGGAAUUGAAUCCGCGUCGCGGCCAGUCGGCCCUUUUCGACGCCUUCUCGUACCUUUCGUCCGACGAGGCGCCCUGGAACCACACGGUCGUCGCAUGGACGGGCGAGAUCGAGACACCCAGCGAGCUGUCGCCUCCGAACACCCCGCCCUUCACGACAGUACACCUCAGCUCGCUCAAUGCGCUCUCCAAGCCGAUCCCGCUCGACCCCUCCAAGGCCCCGCCGACGCCGCCCGCGGCCGACGGCCUGUGGAUUCCCAAGGAGGACAUGCAGCGGCUCGAGCGCCAGCUCUCGCAUAACAAGAAGAUCAAGACCAUCCCAGUCUGGCUCGCCGACGAUGCCGACGGACGCGAGGACGGCAUCAAGCUGAAGGACCAGGCCCGAUGGAGGCGCUACGCCGAGCACGACCUCUAUACCCUCUUCCACUACAAGCUGCCCGAGCCGAGCGACGGGCGCCGGGAGCGCGUGCAUUGGGCCGACUACUACCGCAUGAACCAGAAAUUCGCCAACAAGAUUCUCGAGGUCUACAAGCCCGGCGACGUCGUCAUGGUGCACGACUACGCCCUGAUGCUGCUCCCAAGCAUGCUGCGUCAGCGCGCCCCACACAUGUACAUCGCCUUCUACCUGCACUCGCCCUUCCCCAGCAGCGAAUACUUCCGGUGCCUGCCGCGCCGCAAGGAGGUGCUGGAGGGCGUGCUGGGCGCCAACCUGAUCGGCUUCCAGAGCUACAGCUACUCGCGCCACUUCGCCAGCUGCUGCACCCGCAUCCUGGGCUUCCCCUCGGACGGCUCGGGCGUCGACGCCUACGGCUCGCGCGUCGAAGUUGGCGUAUUCCCCAUCGGCAUCGACGCCACCAAGGUCGCCCGCCUGGCCUGGACCGACUCGGUCAACGAGAAGUUCGCGGCGCUCAAGACCAUGUACGCCAACAAGAAGAUCAUCGCCGGCCGGGACCGUCUGGACAGCGUCCGCGGCGUCGCGCAGAAGCUCAUGGCGUUCGAGCGCUUCCUCCAGCUGUAUCCCGAGUGGCGCGACAAGGUGGUGCUGAUCCAGGUGACGUCGCCGACCAGCAUCGAAGAGGAGAAAGAGGACCCCGAGAAUAAAAUCUCGAGCCGCGUCAACGAGCUGGUCAUGAAGAUCAACGGCGCCUAUGGGUCCAUCGGCUUCUCGCCCGUGCUGCACUUCCCGCAGUACAUCAGCCAGGACGAGUACUUCGCGCUGCUGCGCGCUGCCGACAUCGGCCUCAUUACGUCGGUGCGAGACGGCAUGAACACCACGUCGCUCGAAUACGUAAUCUGCCAGCGCCAGUCGGCCGGGCCCCUGAUCCUGUCCGAGUUCAGCGGCACGGCCGGCUCGCUCAAGGACGCCAUUCACAUCAACCCGUGGGAUCUGACUGGCGUCGCCAGGCAGAUCAACAACGCGCUCACGAUGCCCCAGGAAAAGCGCGAGGCCAUGCAGCAGAGCCUGCUCGCGCACGUCACCAGCAAGAACGUGCAGUACUGGAUUGCCGGCUUCCUGCGCCGGCUGGUGGCGGUGCUCGGCAGCAGGAAGAACGUCGCGGCCACGCCGCUGCUCGACCGGUCGGCGCUGCUCCGCAAGUACCGCGCCGCCAAGAAGCGCCUGUUCAUGUUCGACUACGACGGCACCCUGACCCCCAUCGUCCGAGAGCCCAGCGCGGCAAUCCCGUCGGAGCGCGUCAUCACCAGCCUGAAGGCCCUGGCCGCUGACCGCGACAAUGCCGUCUGGAUCAUUUCGGGCCGCGACCAGGAUUUCCUGAUGCAGCACCUCGGCCACAUCACCGAGCUCGGUUUCAGUGCGGAGCACGGCAGUUUCAUGAGGCACCCCGGCGCGACGGAAUGGGAGAACCUCGCCGAUAAGCUCGACAUGGGCUGGCAGAAGGAGGUGCUCGAGGUGUUCCAGAAGUACACCGACAAGGUGCCAGGCUCCUUCAUCGAGCAGAAGCGGUGCGCGCUGACGUGGCAUUACCGCCUGGCCGACCCCGAGCAGGGCGUCCACAUGUCGCACCAGUGCCGCAAGGAGCUCGAGACCACCGUCGGCCGCAAGUGGGACGUCGAAGUCAUGACCGGCAAGGCCAACCUCGAGGUGCGCCCGACAUUCAUCAACAAGGGCGAGAUCGCCAAGCGGCUCGUCACCACCUACAACGCCGAGCUGCGCGCCCUCGCCGCGUCGAGCCCCGGCGAGGGCGGCGACGGGACCAAAGACGGCAACAACGACAGCAGCAGCCCCAACAAGCUCGGCUUUGUCCUCUGCAUGGGCGACGACUUCACCGACGAGGACAUGUUCCGCGCGCUGAACGGGCUGAGCCAGCCGGCGGCCGGCCAGGGCUCGGGCCCCGCCGCCGCCGCCGCCGCCGCCGCAGGAGCCGCCGAGGUCGAGGCCGACGACUGCUUCACCGUUACGGUCGGCGCGAGCACCAAGGUCACCCUCGCCCGCUGGCACCUGCUCGACCCUGAGGACGUCAUCGAGUGCGUGGCGCUCCUGGCUGGGGUCGGGGGGAGUGGCACGGGCACGACCAGCGGCGGCGUGCUGAGCAUGGGCGAGGUCAACCUCGCGGCGCUGAGCGCUGUUGAGGAUCAUAUCCCGGCGCACUAACGCUACCUACCCCUUUGCGGCUUCUCGGGGGGUUGCUGCGGUUGGGGAUGGUGCUUUUUUUUUCGCUAGCGAUGGCUUCCGAUUUCCUUGUUCCCCUGCCCCGU